AUGACUCCAUCCAUUUCACACACCGACGCCCCAGAUGGGCUCCGCAAGCACUUGACGACGGCCCUAGUAAUCUCGGUUUGUGUUGUCGACUCCGUGGCCAUCGCUUAUGACGGUUCUCUCAUGGGCUCUCUGAACGUCAUGAAGGCGUACCAGAACUACUUUGAGCUCACGACUUCAACCACUGCUGUCAACACCUGCGCCACUUUCCUGGGAGCCAUCCUGGUCGGACCCUUCACCGGAAUGCUUAUUGACUGGAAGGGGCGCAAGAUUGGCUUGUACGCGGCCUGCAUCGUCAACAUCUUGGGCGCUGCCAUCGCUGGUGGAGCCAUCAACAUCGCCAUGUUCAUCGCGGGCCGCAUCAUCAUCGGCAUUGGCGUCGGACUCGGACAGACUGCUGCUGGCACCUAUGUUGCCGAGACGACUGCACCUUCAGUUCGCCCGACGGCCCUGGGGUUGUACUUUUCUUGCUGGGCCGUGGGUUCUCUACUUGCUGCUGGGAUCUCGUAUGGCACCUCCGGCCUCGAACCCUCCAACUGGACAUGGCGUAUUCCAUCUAUCCUACAGGCGGUGCCUCCACUUGCCGUUCUCUGUCUCAUCCCCUUUGUUCCAGAGUCUCCCCGAUGGCUAGCAUACCAAGAUCGACGAGAAGAAGCGCUAAAGGUCCUGGCAAGAGUCAAUGGCGCCGAUGAGCAGCACCCACAAGUGCAAACUCAGUACAGGGAAGUCAUUGGCACUCUAGAAUACGAGAAGAACGAGGGUCGAAGCGUCAGUAUUGAAGAUAUGCUCAAGAACAGAGCGAACCGCAAGAGACUUCUUCUGGCCUUGUCUGUGGCGCCGCUUGCCAUGUUGACCGGUUCAAACAUAAUCACUUACUACUUUGGCAGUAUGCUCACCCAGGCCGGCCUUGGCAACUCGGUCACACAACUCAAGGUCAACGUCUGCCUCUCUUCGUGGCAGCUGAUUGUUGCGGUCUGUGGAUCCUUCAUGGCCGAGAGACUUGGGCGCCGGUUCCUUGCUCUGUUCAGCUUGGGCCUCUGCUCCAUCUUCUUCUACCUGCUAGCAGGUCUGACUGCCAAGUUCGGGACUUCGCACAACCUGGCCGGUACUUACGGCACCAUAGCCUGUAUCUUCCUCUUCCUGGGCGCGUAUUCCUUUGGCAUCACUCCUCUCACAGCCAUGUAUGCACCAGAGGUUCUGCCGUACAACAUGCGCGCCAACGGAAUUGCCAUGCAGGGCAUCCUGAUCAAGUCGUGUGGAGUGCUAGUCGCCAUGGCCUUCCCUUACAUGAUGGAGGCUAUUGGAUGGAAGACGUAUAUUGUCAACGCGUCAUGGAACAUUUUGAUGUGGCUUUACAUCUACUUCCAGUGGGUUGAGACCAAGGGGCUGACCCUGGAGGAGAUUGAUGUCUUGUUUGAUGGCGAGACGCAUGUCCAUCAAGACCUGGAUUUGGAGGCGGUCAAGAGUGGCGAUGUUAAAGCCCUUCAUGUUGGUUAA